UUUGUCUAUAGAUCAAGGUGCAUUUAUUUUUACAAAGUGAAGAUAAAGCGAGGAGAAUUACAAUUUAAUUAGUAAUUAGUUAAUUAUGUAUUUUGGUGAUAUCUCGAAUGCGUUCGAUUUAGGCACUUUCUUGUGCUUUUUCAGAAGCUUGCGUUGAGUGAAUCCCCACUUGCGAAGAAGCUUGAUUUUGGGUAAUGGUUGGAACUUCUGCAUGGAGAAUAUCGUAUAAAUCUGAUUCAGGUUCACCCAAUUCAGCUAAAUCCAUACCAAUAAUCUCAUCUUCCUCGCUUGCUCUGAAUUUACAUCCUGGGAUGAGAUUGAUGAGGAAAAGGAGAGUGUACGUCAAAACAAAGGAAUAUGCAAGAACGGUGACGGUAUCAGCUAAUUGAUAUCCUAAGAGAAUAUAGUUGUGAUUGAUCCAUCCACCUUCAGCAUCACUGUUCAAACCGUCUAAGUUCGUAACCCCUUGUUCUGCGAAGAGAGCCGUGAGGAUGUUACCGCAAAUACCAGCUAUUCCGUGACUUGCGAAUAUAUCAAGACUUUCAUCCAAGUGCAAGAGAUCCUUAACUUUAGUACCAAAGUUGGCAGCAACUGCACCAAUGAAACCAAUAGCGAAUGCACUUGGUGUAGAGACGUAUCCACUUCCUGGUGUAAUGCAAACCAAACCAGCAAUGGCACCGGAACAGAAACCAACUGCUGAGAUCUUCUUUUCUAAGCGCCAAUCCAAGAACAUCCAUGUGAUACCACCGACUGAAGCAGAUAAGUUGGUGACUAUGCAUGCUUGGGCAGCUCUCAUGUUCGCUCCGAAGGCGGAUCCACCGUUGAAACCAAACCAACCGAUCCAAAGGAAGACAGUACCGAGGAAGACGAGCACAGGUGAGUGUGGUCUGUAUGCGAGCUGGAGAGUACCGUGUCCUCUUCUUUUGCCGAGGAAAAAGGAGAUGGCUAAUGCAGCUGUACCUGCAUUGAUGUGGACUGGCGAGCCACCGGCGAAAUCAAGAGAGCCCAAGACGGCCAACCAACCGUUCUCAUUCCAGGUCCAGUGCGCUAUUGGAUUGUAGACGAUUAUUGUCCAGCAAAGCAUGAAAAUCAUUGAAGGCAAGAGUCUACCACGUUCUGCAAGUGCUCCCAUUGCGAUAACAACGGUUAUACAUGCGAAUGUGCCUUGAUACCAUGCGUGCACCAAGAUAGGAAGGUUAGACAUGUCUUGGUCUAAAAGGUUUGUGAAACCUCCAAAUGAUUGUAAGUCACCGAUGUAGCCCCCGUGUGACGGACCGAAAACGAGUGAGUAACCCAUACAGAUCCACUCGAUGGAUACUACAGCAAUGCCGAUGAGUGACAUGAGAAGAAGUUGUAAUGCAUUCUUUCGACGCGUCAGACCGGCGUAGAAGAGACCAACACCUGGUAUCAUCAGCCAUACGAGUGCUGUUGACAUUAGUUGCCAUGCUAUGUCACCCUGACUGAAAACUUUUGGUUCGCCAGUCGAUAAAGGCAAAUUUGGGUCUGGGAAUGAAACCAUAUCGGAUGUCGAUGGGAGGACAGAGCCAUCUGGCUGUAAAGCGCCGUAUUGUAUGCUCAUUGUUGUUAGUUUUUGAGAAGAUAAGAUCGAAAUUUGUUCCUUUUAUCCCUUAUCUCUUUUAUUGAUUUUUUAUUCAGAGAUAAGCCGAUUGUCUGGCUUUUAUCAGGCCCAGAUAGAUAACAGAGAGGUGUGGAUUGCGAUGUGAGAAAAAUAAAGUUAUACAUUUUUAUAAUCGUGCAUCUGUUCUACAUAUGUUGCCAACUUCACUGCGCUUAUUACCAUAAAUGGUAGCAACUGAUAAGAAGAUUUUCCUGCAAAGUGCAAGUGAUAAGCCAAAUAGAGUGCGUGGAAUGGGCUACUCCUCCCUGUGGGCUUACUUUGGACCAAAGGUCCAGAUAACUCAACCAUUCAACCACUCAACCAGGUACGCCCCUUGGCGGGCUUAUCAGUGGUUGUUAUCUAAUCUGGCGCUAUUGUGUGAGUCUGCGAUAUGCACAAAAAAAGUUAAUAUUCAGUUGUUAUUAACCCGUAGACCUCCUGAUCGGAUUAGUCAUCGAUUUUAAUUUGACAGCGGAACCCAUUCAUCCACUUACGUUCACGCUGUCAUGGCCAAAUCCAAAAACAAGGGGAUACGCUUUAUACCCUUCACGUCAAAGUCUUCGAUGUCCUCUACGAGCUCAUCGUUGCACGUACCGAAAGUAUCUUCGACACCACCCCACGUGCCCUCGACAGAUUUCACAUUCCAGCACAAACAACCACAGAGACAGCCGUCUCAGCAACAGAAACAACCAACUCUCCCGCCAGACCAUCAAGUUCUCGCUACUCUUCAUUCGCAUAUCUACUUCCAGGGCUUUCUCUUAGGCGUCGGCUCUGAUGUCAAAGUCAAAGUCCCAAAGUGGGGUAGAUUGUACAGAUUACACAAGAUUAUUCUCACUCAGUCAACAUUCUUCAACAGCCUCUUUCAAGGCGCGUUUCUUGAAACAAACAACAACGAAAUUACUCUGACUUUUGACGAUCCAAAUAUCACGCGUUCAUCAUUCGAAUAUUGCCUAGGCUAUCUUUACGGCAAAUCCAGUAACCUUGUCCUCGACAGCAAAUUCAAACCUACACCACAAUACCCUCUCACACCAUCAUACCCGACAUUUGAACAACCACAAUCUAACUCUUCAAAUACUCAAUUAGCCACCCCAGAAUUCUGCGUCUCUUUGAUUGCUACUGCUAUUUACUUGGGCUGCCCUUCAAUUGCUAACAAAGCGCUUAAUUUCAUUCUUGCUUCGAUUUCUCCAAUAAAUGUCUCAUUUUUCCUCAAGUUCGCUCUUGGCGAAGGUCUAGGUGCUCACAGACAUUGGUAUCCAGGCGAGCAAGAGGCUGCUGUUGGCAUGGAGGAGAUUGGUCUUGUCAUGGAAAAGUGUUUAGACACUCACAUAGAAACUAGCGAGUCCGAAGCCACUCCAUCCGGUGUAGCAACGCCUAUCUCAGCUUCACAUGAAAACAACCUUGAUAAACUUUCCACUAUUGAUAUUGCUUCGAAGACGGAAGACUACAGUGUCGAUUCUGACACAGAAGACUAUAUACCAUCAUUUCACUAUGGUGCGGCCUCUGAUAAGAUCGGCGAAGCUUGCGUCUGCUGGUUGUCCAGAUGGGCUCUUGAGAUCAUUGAGAUUGAAGACAUACUUGUCAAUGAUGAUGGUGAAAUCACACAUCCUUCUGGAUGUAUACCAUUUGCAACCUGGUCGUUGGAGGGUAUACCUGCAAAGUGGAUUAGAGCCGUCAUUUCAUCUGACUCUCUGUUCGUACCUGGCGGAGAAUGGCAACGUUACAAACUAGCAUCUCGUAUUGUCGAACUGCGUAGGAGACAGAACAAGGGUGCGCUGUCAUACUCUGAUGAAUGCGAGUUCGACAGGAUGUUUGCUGAUGGCAUCUACUAUACACAUAUGACCUUCGAACAGUUGUCAAUCAUACAACGGGAAAUGUCACCAACGACAGGUCGUCCAUAUGUUCCGAUUCGCAUACUCCAACAAGCACUCUGGUCUCAUUCCGAACUCCAGAACCGAAUUGAAGUAUCUUCAAAAACCAGUGCCGAAAAUUCUGAUCUCAGUUUGACCUUCAACUCCUGGGAAAUACGUGAAAAGCUUCGUAGCAAAGAUGGAAAAGCAUGGUCUGAGAAGCGCUUCUUCCCAGUGGGCAAAGAUAGUACGGAACGACUUGGUGAUGCCACAUCUAUGUACCACUCUGAUGACGACUUGAAUAAAUUCGUGUCACCACCUACAGGCCAUCGCCAGAACGAAGACGACGCUUCUGGCUUAGCUGGUUCAACCCAUGAUCCAUUGGUGGGCGUUUCGUCGAGUUCUCAUCGUCGACCACAUACUGAAGCACAAUUAUUUGGUGUUCAGAAGUCACAUAAGACUGGCCUUGAGAUAUCAAAGCUAAUUGAAGCUGAUCACAGUCCAACAACCGACGUUGGAGAUACUAUCUCGAUCGCAAGUUCAUCUCCAACAGCUAAACGUGCGAAAGAGGACAGAUGGACACUUAUCGAACCCCUUAGGUUCUCAGUCGAAUACUGGAUUAAAUCGGAACUUGAACCACGUGAGAAGAAGUUCUCGCAUGCUGUAUUCUAUGCAGGUAGUUUCAUCAAUACUUACAUUCAAAUCAACGAGCAAAAGCACAAACAUGGUAAUCAGCUGGGUAUAUACGUCCACCGUCAAUCCAUGGAUGAACCACUCCCCUAUGCUUCAUCACCACCAAACGCUGCAAAUAGUAGUGGUAAUGUCGUUUCACCACUCUUGAACAACAAUAAUACUAGCUCUGCUGUUCCAUUAUCGCCAGCAUCAACUAUGGACACCAUUUUGAGAGUUAAUAGUGCAGGCAGCGAUGAUUCUCAAGGUUCAAACUCGAACAAUCAACCAGCACCACAAUCACCACCCAGUGACACAGCUAAAGUUGGUCCUGGCAAACACUCAGGUAGUCAAAAUGUUCCAUUUGCCCCAUAUAAAGAUACAAGAAAGACUAUGCGCGCGUUCUUUGCCGUACAAUGUUCAUCUGGAAAUGGAACAGCCUUUACAAAGUUUAGCAGCGCACCUGACAAUUUCACAACUUCUCAAUCGUGGGGAUGGAAAUCAUCUGUACAAAGAUCAUCAGAAUAUUUGGCUAAUCAUAAUGUUGGGCCUAGUGAACAGCUUGGUGUUUUGAACUCGCUUAGAGCUGUUGUCUCAGUUGGUUUAGUAUAAUUUUGCGUAUUUUACACAAAUUUCAAGCCUUGCAUAACUUAUGACUCAAUGAUAUUUACUAAUUGCCAUUUACUUGGACAAUUGUUUUCUACUUCUUGGUAUAUAACCCCGCUUAUUCAUCAUCAAUGUAACAAACACUCGAUUUUCUUACUAUCUGUACAAAUUAUGUACAAUAGUACCAAAAAGGAAGUAUAAUUGUACGCUAUUAAUAUGAAUUGUUGUUUUACAUGAAUUUGGUAUGCUCGA